GAAAAUUAUGUAUUUUAUGUGUAGUAACCAAAUAAUGGAAGGGUGGUUGGAAAUGGUUUCCUUAUCUUCUUUCCUUUCCUCUCUUUAAACAACACCAGAGCAAUUCACAGCAAACUGUUUUCUCAUUCUAAAACACAAAUUGUCUCUCUUCCAUUCACAGAAAAAUGGCUGAAGCUGUCAUGAGUUUCACAGUUGUCAAGCCACACAUUCACAAUUCUCUCCAAACAACAAAAUUGGACUUGUACCCAUCAUCCAAAUCACUUAGGCAGUGGUCAAUCUCUAGGUUUAGCAAUGGCUGGCAUCAGAUUGAAAGCAGCAAGAGCAAAAGGGGGUCUUUGAGCAAAGUGAAUGCUUUACCAGAUUGGCCAUUAAUGGCAGUUCUUGUGGAACACAUUGAAGGCCAAAGAGACCUCAUAACACACAAAUCCAUUUGGCAUCUCAAUGAUGAAGCAAUAAAAAAUGUCUAUACAUUUUACAUAAUGUUCACAUGUUGGGGAUGUUGUUUCUUUGGCUCCACAAAGGAUCCAUACUAUGAUUCAGAACAGUACAGGAAAGAUGGAGGAGAUGGUACUGGGCAUUGGGUCUAUGAGAGGCAAGAAGAUAUAGAAGAAUCAGCAAGAGCAGAGUUGUGGAGGGAGGAGCUGAUUGAAGAGAUCGAACAGAAAGUGGGAGGCCUCCGAGAGUUGGAAGAGGCUGGCAAAAAGGAAGAAGAGCUCGUUAAGUGAUCACACUAUCAUUCUUUUGGAAAAUGAUUGGUGGCCCUAAAAAAAUUGCCCCUAAUACCCCUAAUUUCCAUUUUGGGAAACCG